AAGUGCAGAGAAAGGAAAAAGUCUAGACAUUGCAUACACGCACAAAAUCCUCUUUCGUCACUCCUCUCCUAGGUUUCUUCUUCUCUCUCUAACUUUCUUCUCUGCUAUCUCUCUUUCUCUCUCCUGCAAUGGCUGUUCCGAAAUGCGAAUUUCACAAUUAGGGCUCAUGUGGGGAAAUAUAAUUGAUCGCUACUGAAAACCGCGUUAAGAUGUAAUUUUAGGGGGCUUUCAAGGGUUAUCUCGACGGGAAAUCGAGUUUGUUGCGGACUGCUUUUUUCUUGUAAUUAAAUCUAGAAUUGGUGUUAGGGUUUUGUCGCGCAUGAAGGGUCCGCUGGAUCGAACGAAGGUGGUGCUGCGGCACUUGCCGCCCACGAUUUCUCAGUCAAACCUCGUCGACCAUAUUGAUUCUCGCUUCUCCGGCCGCUACCAUUGGUUUUCUUUUCGCCCCGGAAAAUCUAGCCCAAAGCAUCUAAAAUAUGCUAGAGCUUACAUUGACUUUAACAAGCCGGAUGAUGUAAUUGAGUUUGCUGAGGUUUUUAAGGGGCAUGUCUUUGUUAAUGAGAAAGGAACACAGUUUAGAACAAUUGUUGAGUAUGCUCCUUCACAACGUGUUCCGAAACAGUGGUCCAAGAAGGAUGGCCGUGAAGGGACUAUAUUGAAAGAUCCUGAAUACUUGGAGUUCCUUGAAUUUCUUGCAAAGCCCGUGGAGAAUCUUCCCAGUGCAGAGAUACAGUUGGAGAGGAAGGAAGCAGAACGAGCUGGUGCUCCAAAGGAAGGUCCUAUAGUCACCCCGUUAAUGGACUUUGUUCGUCAGAAAAGAGCUGCAAAGGGUGGAGCUCGGAGGACUGUGUUGAAUGGGAAGUCAUCUAGAAGAGCUGGUGGAAUGCCAUCUAGAAAUCCGGUCUCUGGUUCUUCAAAACGAGGCUCAGAGAAGAGGACAUCUACUACCAUGUAUGUAUUAAGGGACAGUUCCAAGAUUCUGGGAAACAAAGAUAAAUCAACUUAUUCAUUGGCUCGCAAACAAGAUGUUCAACAACUGAAUGAUAAGCCUAUCAAUUCAGGAUCUAUAACAGGAAAUGAAUUAUUAGAAGGGGAAAAUGGAGGUACAGGAUCCACUGGUUCUGGGAAGAAGAAAAUCCUACUUCUAAAAGGAAAAGAAAAGGAAAUUCCUAAUGUUUCUGGCGGUUCGUUAAUGCAACAGAACACAGCCUCUCCUGACAAAACUGCUGCCCCGAAACAUAAUCAGCAGCGUGAAGCUAGUGGAAAGAUAAUCAGGAGCAUUCUUCUUAGCAGGGAUACUCGUCAAAAUCAACCAUCUUUGGGACCACAAUCAGAACUGCCUAUCCAGUCUUCUACUCAGGAAAGAGAUAAGAAACCUCCUCGACCCCCAAGUGUGCAAUCACUUCAGAAGGAUACAAAUGGGGCUCCUGAGGACAAGUUAGUCUCCAAUGAUUUGCAUGUUUUACCCACCGAGAAGCAGGGGAGACGGGGAAGGAACAAGGAUAGACCUGAUCGUGGUGUUUGGACUCCACUUCGACGUUCGGAUGGAUUACAUUCAAGUGAUGAAUCAUUAUCCUUGCCUGCUUCACAGACAUCUGAAACAGGGGAUGCAGCAGAAGGAACUCAUGUAGAAUCAAAGCAAGAUAUGCUGGUCACACGUGGUGGUGACUUCAGACCCCUAGGAGGUGGCCGUGGUAGGCAUUUCUCAUCUGACAAUGGAAUUACUGUAGGCCCUUAUAGGCAUGGGAUUCGACGUGGGUCAGCUUAUGAUGUGAAGGAAGCAGAUGGCUCUUCCAUUGUAGAGGGGAAAUCUUCAAAAAGGGGAGGUUCUUCUGGCUAUGGUUCUAAUGAGAAACAAGUGUGGGUCCAAAAGUCCAGGUCAGCUACAUAGUUUGGUUGUGUACGGUGAGCUUCGUUUUAAAUGACUGCAUUUCCCAUUGAUUUUGGUUCUCGUCUCUUUUUGCCAAACACAAGAUAUUACUGGCUCCAGAUUACAUAAUAAGUAAUACCUGUUAAUCUUAAAUUCUAGCUAGUGUUGGGCUGCGUAGGUUUUGUCUAGUUUCAUGCAGAGAAUCACCAUCCAGUUUAUACUUUUUACCACAACUCAUAGUUUCUGAGUCAGCCCUUUGAAAGUGUAGGUAAUUGUGUAUUAAGAAUAAGCAUUCGUGAUAUCUGUGUCCAUGAAGCUAGAUAUGAAUAUGAUGAUUGCAGUCAUAUGGUAUGCUGUAUUAUUUAUGCACAAUAUUUUCCCAAAUAUGUUUUUUUGCGUUACUAUCAAAUAUUGCAAUUUCAACAUCACCUUUCAAACUGUCUGGCUUGUACUGGUAAGAUGACAUUACAACUCUAUGUUCUUCUGGGGCCUAGCACUGAAUCUUUGGUGACUGCAGUAGUUAAAAUUUUGCAGUUUUUGCAGUGAAAUGCUUUUGUGAAUUGCCAUUUUGAAGCAUAAAUCAGGAUGCCCGAGAGAAUAUCCUGCAAAUGCAGGGUAUAUGGAGACAGAUGUGUUUAGCUUGGAAGACCAUAGAGGCCUUUCAGUUUUGCCUGAAUGCUACAGAUGGUAUUUACUGCUUGGUUGAUUAAGAAAUUAUGAUCAUAAGUCGAAGAUGGUCAGGGAAAAGAGCAAGAAGUUGAGAAAGUGAAUAUGUCAAGCGUAUAACACCACCAUAUUGAUCGGUGUCCCUUUGUUAGGUUUAUACUAAUUGACAAGGCUAUGCAUCUCCAGUUCUUGCCGUUGAUUUACUGGCUAUCAGGGAUGAUGAUGACUUUCAUUCGCUGAACUGUAAAUACAAAUCUGAAGUGGGUGUACUGCUACUGCUAUAUAGUAUGUGGUUUUGUCAAGCGGUCUUCUAUCCGGUUUCAGUAAAUUUACGAUUGUAGACCCUGGUUAGUACCGGGAUUUACUGUAUCCAGCUUUGUUUAAACCCAGUUGUAAGUGGUUUUAGUUGUAUGACACCCAACUAUAAACUGUGUAUCUUGAGGAAAAGGGAAUUAGGAAUGACUGCCAGUGCUGGACAGUGCUUUGACCUCAUUGCUUGUUGGUUUGAAUGGGAAAUAGAAUGAGCUUUUCCCUUUUGGGGUCAA